AUGAAUAUAAGUUUUUUGUUUUUAUCUAUAGUUAUCUUGUGCUGUACACAUGCGUUUUGUUUUAGGCAACAUGAAAGUGCAAUUUUUUUUUUUGGAUUCGUUCAAAAUGAAAAAAAAAAACUAUCUAGCAGGAGGAGGUUAAGGCCGUUACAUGUUGUUAGUACUUACAAAGAAUUAUUAAGCAAAUUAAAUAAUGAACAUAAAGGUCCUUAUGUGAUAUCUCUUUAUCAUAGUACUCUAUGUACAUACUGCAGCAAAAUUACAAAUUUUUUAGAAAUGAACAAAGAUAAUGUAAUUACUAAAAAGUAUGAAAAUGGUAAAUUAGAAGAUAUAUCAAAAGUUAAUAAACCAAUAGUUGUUUUAUUAAAGAAUAUAAAUGUAGAAAAUUCAAUUGAAAAAAGCCCAUUUUUUGAUGAGUUAAGAAUAAAAGGAAGGAGAUGUCAAGUACCAGCACUAGAAAUAGGUGAUUUUAUUAUGUUCGAAUCAGAUGAUAUAAUUAAGUUACUUAAAUUUUUAAUAAAUAAAAUAGAAAAAAAAAAAAAAAAAGAACAAUAA